UCAUGUGUCAAGCAUCUUAUACGUGGAAAAACAGACCAUUUUUACUUGCUCCAACCUGAAUGUGGCGGUAACUGAGGUCUCUGUGAGCUGCACAAUGAACUGUUUUGAACUAUUGUCACAUGGAAUGCAUCUCUGGUUAAUUUGGAGCAAGUCCAAAGUUUUUGUUUAGCAUGUGAAUGCUUUUUAUUUGACUGGUCAUAUAGGAGGGAAUAGGGUGCACAAUCGUUUUGGAGUUUAUUUAACAUGUUUGUUGGUUGGCCUUUCCCUGUUUUUUCUCUCUGUAUAAGAAUACAAUGAGGGGAAAAUCAGUUUAUAGCCGUCUAAUAAUUCCUCAUUAAUGCAUUACUUUUUCAAGAUCAGCCGUGACAUUAAGGGUUCAGUUCUCAAAUCAUGGUGAUUAGUAAAAGAUGUCCACUUCAAAAAAUAGCCUUCAUCUUCUGGCCCAUCUUAAGAAACCUAUAAGGCACCCUUGGUGAGCAUUUCUGCUACUCUUUCAUUUGGACCUGUCACUCUGUUGCUAUGAAACACUCAAGAAGGUCAUUAGUGAAUGAAUGAAGGUGGGUGCUAUGUGUUAAUAAUAUAAGUAUGCAACGCUGUGAGUGCAUUAUAAGGAAUGUCUUUGUGGGUAUGUUUAUUUGCACAUGGCCAAAUGUAUAAAAACCGUGCCUUGUGCUUGGGCUUCAGUGAACGAUUGUAAGAUGUCCUACUUCACUCUUCUCUUUUUGGCUCUCAGCACCCUGAGCUGCUUCAUGCUGAGGGAGGUUACGGCUCUCAGAUUGCCACUUCCUGAUGACAGCGAUCCUGAUAGAUUUACAUGGGGACAGUUUCCUGAGAACGCUCAAGACAUUCCCCGGAGUCUGGAUAUAGAAGACUUCACUCUUAAUGUAGCCCCAACCAGCGCCCGUGUGAGCUCUCCCACCAUCCUGCGACUUCAGCCUAUAAUAACAAAACCAUCACACCUGCAUGCCAACCUGCCCCUUCGUUUCGGACGGGAUCUGCAGAUGACCCCAAGGGAACGCGCUAAGUCCAACAUCAACCUUCCUCAGCGCUUCGGCCGGUCCUGCACUAUGUGCGCGCGUUCAGCGACCGGACUCUCAGCCACCCUACCGCAAAGGUUUGGGAGGAGGAACAUAUUCGCUUUAGACCCUUUCCGUGCAUUGACUCUCUACACACGCACACCUGAAUCACCAUUUCCAAAAGAAAGGACUCAAGUCCACGACUACAUUCUUGAAACAUUAGAAGACUCCGUAGAAGAAAAUGUAAAGAGCACAGACUACACAGCUUUAGACUAACGAAGGCCACAAAACCACAGCUGUUUAUUAGAGAUGUUUUGUUCACCAGUUUUAUGAAUUUCCUAUCCUCUUCUUGCAUUUGCAUCUGUGCUUUCCUGCUUGUAAACUGUUUGAGUAAAUUAUGAAAAACACUACACUGAUGGUGUGU